UCUGCCCCAGCUCCAGCCUGAUUCCCAGGAAGUGUCUGGGGCUCCCCUUCCACACAGGGCAUCAGUUUUUCCAGACAGCUGAAAGUUAAUGGCUCUGCCACGAGCCCAGUGAGUAAUCCUUGUGAAACCAGCGCCGGGGAAGUUGCCCAGCCAAACAAAUUCUGUCACCGUGGCUCCGUGCUCUGACGUGGUGCUGAACGUGCAGCACUAGAUAUAAAAACCAGGAAACAAUCCAAGGGAAACGGCACAUUUCGGCUCUGCUGCAGGCCAGACACGGGGCACAGGGAUGCAGAAAACUAUUCCUGGCUGCUUCUUCCAGCAAAUGUAUUCUUCCCUAACUGGCAUUUUGAUGGAGAGAGACCACAUGAAAGACCUGAGGAGAUACCUGGCGCUUAAAUACAUCCAAUACCUUGUCCUGUCUUCUUCCCACGCCCUCAGCACCCUGCUGGGCCUGCUGGGCAGCGUGUACACCAUGAUCACCCUGCAGUCUGCCAAGGUUUCCUCCAAGUCCACUGCAGUCCUCAUCUCCAGCCUGGCCAAGGCAGACAUGCUGGUUUUGGUGAGCCUGCUUUUGGAGGCGGGUUUAUGGACCUCCGGUGCCGCUGUCUCGCCCGCGGCAGCUCUGGCGCGGAACCUGCUGACGGCGAACGCCCACCUGAGCUGUGUCCUGCUCAGCUGUGUCGCCCUGGAGGCCUAUCUGAUCACCUUCCUCCCCACGGAGUCACGGCACCUACGGACCGUGAGGAACGCCAGGAUGGCAUCCAGGCUCAUCUGGCUCCUGGUGGCCGCAGAGUGUGCCCUGUUCCAGGCGGACGAUCUCCUGACGGCCGGCGGCGCCUCUGCUCCCGCCCACGGCCCCUGGGCUCUCUUGUCUCCCCUCCCCAGCACGGCUGCGGCCCUUCUCAGGUCCCUCAGUUACAUCCUGGGCAUUCUCCUGAGGAUUUUCAAUGUCUACAUCUACUACAAGAUAUUUUUCAGCGUGUCUAACAGGUCUAGGCUAAAAUCAAAGUAGAGCCUGUUCCCCGGGGAUGUGGUGCCGUGACAGCCAACAGAAGGUUCUUCAAACCAGUUUCAAACCAUUGGUCUGGAAACUGUUCAAUAAGCAGGACCAAGGCUCGUGUUUGGGCUCCCCAUGGAGUUUAAACCCUCCUGCUUCCUGGUGCUGUGGUUAUGGAGGGGAGUUGGGGCUGAGGAGCCCCUGGCCUCUGUCUUUGGUUAGACUUGAUUCACUGUACAGGUGGAACAAAUGACAUUUCAGGAAGGGUUGUAAGGCAACCCCAAUAUUUUUUAUAUCAAAAGGGUGCUUAGAGGAUUACUCAGGGAUCUGUUGAGCCAAUAUGUAGUUGUUUACUAAAGACAUGAUCCAUGUCCUAAAAUAUCUCUGACCCAGGUGACCCACCAGAGUCAGCAGGUGGGAUGGAGAGACAAGGUGAGCACCAAGCUGGGUUGGUUGGGCACUGAACAGGCUCCCCAGGGCAGUGGGCACAGCACUAAGGCUGCCAGAGCUCCAGGAGGGUUUGGAUGAUCCU